UGGGUUUGAUGGAUGUUGGUGGUUCCUUGUUUCGUUUUGUUUGCGGGAUUCCUGGCAUAUUUGGACAUGACAUGGGUUAUUCAAAGCUGCCGAAGGACAUCCAUCGUUCAACUUUCAAACGCAGACAGAGAGUAAUGUUGGAUACUGCAGACGGGCAUGGCUGGGCGGGAGGUGUCAUUUUGCGCACAUGGCAAACCGAAGAUGGUGUAGCUACUGCGGAAGGAAACACGGAGAAGCCAUAGCUUCAGCAGUUGCACCAUGCUGCGCCGAAAUUCCAACAAUCAUUGUAAAUUUCCUUGUCGCCAUUUGUUUGGCUCAAACCAGCAAUGCGCUGGCCUUGCCUUCAGGCUCCAGGGCAGCGCAAGUCACGCCAUCCUCCUAUUUCCAAUGCCGUUAACAAGCAGCCAGGCAUCAAAGAUACUCUAUAACGCUCUGCAGGCGGCUAUAUUGUUUGGAUUCGUUGGCUUUGUCUUUACAUCAAUCCUGCGACCAGAAGCAGGCCGUAUUUCAUCCAGCAAGCUCACGGAAGAAAAGCACCACUGCGUGAGCAGCAAGACCUGGAUGAUUCUGCCGUUUGCGUUCUUGACGGGUGGGCUUAUCAACAUUGAUGGCUUUGCAAGCACGGCAGUGCUACUGCUGUAGAGCAGAGGAUGUGUGUUUGCAAAGCGAACGGUGGGCAACGUGCUCCGUUCACUGCUCUUUGAUAGAUUGCCAACUGUGAACGCAGAGAAACGCAGACACAUAUGUGUUUGCAGUGCAGAAUGAAGCCUGAACCAAGGCUCGCGCAUCCCUUCCAGAAUGCCAUCACCAAAGCACGUCCCAGAGUGGAGUGUGCGCUGAUGUGUGCCAGACAUGCAUGAUUUGUAUAUGGUUGUAUUGGGUCCCUCUA